GGUGCGGGCCGCCCCGAGGCGAUAAAAGCGGGAGCCGCCGCCCGCCGCUGCCCCCAGCAUGAAGCUCACCUGGGACAUCAACGAUCCCAAGCUGCCGCAGGAGCCUGAGCGCUUCGAUGCCUUCCAGGAAUGGCCGGACGGCUACGUGCGCCUCAUCUACUCCAGCGAGGAGAAGAACGCGCAGCGGCACCUGAGCGGCUGGGCCAUGCGCAACACCAACAACCACAACUGCCAGAUCCUGAAAAAGUCCUGCCUGGGUGUGGUGGUGUGUGCAGGGAGCUGUGCCCUGCCCGGCGGGGCCAGGCUGCAGCUGCGGCCCGCCAUCUGCGACAAGGCGCGGCAGAAGCAGCAAAAGAAAGCCUGUCCGAACUGCAAUGCAGCCCUGCAGCUCAUCCCUUGCCGCGGGCACAGUGGCUAUCCUGUCACCAACUUCUGGAGACUGGAUGGCAAAGCAAUAUUUUUCCAGGCUAAAGGAGUCCAUGACCACCCUAGACCAGAGAGUAAAUUGGAGGCAGAGGCAAGACGAAGUGCAAUUAAGAAGCAUAUGUUGUCUUCUCAGAAUUCCCAGAAAAAGAGACUUCUAAACUCAGAGGCUGGAAGAUACCAUGAUAGCAGUGGUUAUGUCAGUAACAUGCAAAAUCUGCCCUCCAUAGAUGUCCCAGAAAGAGUCAGCAUCGUCACAGACACCAGUUUUUCAAUUCCAGCUCAGUCUUACCCUUUGCCACAAAAUACCGACCUCUACAAGAUGUCUUAUGACUCGGCCAGCUUCCAAGAGGACCAGCUGUUGCCAUACCAGAAGUGCCCCAAUCCGAGGAUCUUUGUGCCCAGGCCAUGUAGUUACGAGUUUGGAGUUCCUCCCUUCAUUAGCUCCAGCCCUUACCCAUCAUGUUAUAAAGAUCCAGCAAAUCCUCCCCUCGAUGCAGACCCUAUCAGUUUGAAUGGAUCUCACUAUAAUUCCUUGACCAGCAUUGACAAGAGCUUUGACCAUACUGGUAGGCAUUAUGGACUGAAACCAAUCUGGGGGAAAACUGGUAGUGGAGACAGGAGCGACUAUGGUCAGAUGCAAACAAACACUAACCACCCUUAUUAUGGUGGUGAGUACUCUGGCAAAUACGGUCCCAGCCCCUCUCCCAUGGCCCCACCACUACAGACUGUCAUCACAACCACCACAAAAGUGUCCUACCAGGCCUACAAGCCAUCCAUGCUGAAAUACAGCGACAACCUCUGCGACAUGAAAAACCUUCAGAGCUAUACACAUGUGGCUGAAAAUGUCUCAGGCACUAUCUAUUCAGGGAUGAAGAUUCAGGAAGACUUUGGGAUGAUCAAGUCGGCAUUGCUCUACCAGCAUGACCCAAUCACCACAAAGUCCGAACCAGUGGAGAGCGUGGAGGCCUAUCGGUAUGGGUUACCGCUGGGGAACAGCUAUGCUGAGCAUGAAGGACAAGCCUUAAGGUUUGAGAGUAGUGAAUAUUGACUAAAUGUUACCUAAAUUCUAUUGGGAUGGUCAACUGAGAAAUCAAUGGUUGCGCUAAUGGUAUGUUGUUUGAGAUUUGAGGAGGUGUGAGAAAGCAGUGCAUUGUUGCUUUCUGGCACUGAAGCAUAUUCCCCAUCCCCCUUCCCCCAAAAAAAUCAAUAUAUGUACCUCUAAAGUAGUAUGAAAUGUCCAGACAUGACUGGGAGAUGGUGAUGUGGAGACAAAGCACCUCAGGAAGAAAGCAGACUCUUCUAAUGGAGACUGUGAUCUGUUUAGAGCCACUGUUCCUGCCAGAGGUUGGAGAGAGAGUGCUCCAACUAGGAAAGGAAAACACACCCUAGGCAAUUGAAAAAGAAAAUAGAAGUGGCUACAGAUUACAACCAACAGAAAGAAAUGAGAGUGAGGCAAGUUGCAGGAUAAUUUAUCAGAAUGAUCUAUCCACCUGCCGUGAUCUAUGUAAGGAAUGCAAAAACUAGUGGGCUAGGGAAAUGAUAAACCUGCAUGGAAACUGCAUUUUUGUUUAAAAGCAGCAGGUCAGUGAGAACAAACCUUGUCAAUUUACUACUCUUCUCCCUGCCUCACCAUUAGGUCUUUCUCUUUCCUCCAAGGGACUUCUACAAGCAAUUCCUAACUCCCCCCUCUCCCCCAACAGUGACGUUCUCCUGGGAAUAAAGCAACCAACAAAGCAAGAGGUCAAAAACCAAAAUUAACAAAGAAAAGUUGAGAACUUGCAGCUCUUGGCUCUCAGCUAAUGAAACCCUUCUCCAGUAGGCCCAGAAGAAGACAGCAUUGCUGGUUUCAAUUUACAUAUUUUUGAAGCUGCUGUCUAGUGCUGUUUAAUGAAACCAGAACAGUAUGCCUUGCAAGAAAGCUGUGUAUGCAGGGAUUUGGUUGAGGUGACAGCAUCAAUUAUUAUUUACUGAGUAUUUUAGCUUUUUAGGCACUCAAAUAUUUUGGAAAAUAUUUUUGUACAUUUUUGCUUUUUUGAGCAUGCUACUGUAUGCUUUCAAUAAACACGCUUUUAAACACAACACAUAAUCCAACACAAGUGGUUCACCAGUUGGCUUCAACGUGCAGAAUCUUCCAGUGCUGUCUUCAAAUUAAUAACAAAAACUUAUUUGUCUGGUAUGGUGUACAAACACUUGGGUUUUAGUCAUUGUAUUUGGUGUACAGCUUUGUGUCUUUUAUGAGAACAAUGCACAUAGUCUGAUACUUGAAAUGCAGUUGCACAGCAGAUUAACCAACAACAUUCAGCAGUGGACUGAUCAGCAUUUUAAAAGCUCAAGUCCCUUGAAGCUGGAAUUUAUCAAGUGACUAAAUGAAUUCAUCUACAUCAAGCUUACGUCGACUUCUAGUGUAUUUGCCAUCUGUCUCACCAGGCUCUUUUUAAAUUAUUGUGGCAGUUCUACAAGGUGGUUUAGAUUACAGAAAUGAGUCAGGUGAACAACAGUAGUUAGAUAAUUAGCCUACACACUAAGCUAAGCAAAUGGCAAGUUGCUGCCCAGAAAAUUUGAACCAAGUUUUGGGUUCAGAAACAUGCACACCAUACCUAUACGCAGAACUGAAACUUCUUAUCUGUACUCGCAAACAUAGCAAGUUGGUUUGGGAGUAGAACAAAAAUUAAGACAAAGUUGCCCAACAUUAGAAGAAAAAUAGGGAUAUAGGUGGGGAGAGGAAUUAAGGUCCAGCAAAAUGACUGGAAAGAGACUCAUAGAAGAUCUCAAAGUCAAAGAGUUUUAAAGAUGUAAGCUACCCCAUUUUGUGGCUUUGGGGAAAUUAGAUGACUGUGACUCUACCUUCAGAUGUGCUAAAAACACCAGGAGAAGCUGUGGGGGUUUUGUGCUGUUAAUAUACUGGUAUAAAGCUUGUUGCUGUACCUGUGUGCUUAAAUUGUUAUGCUAUAUGCUCUCAAAACACAGCCUUUUAAGCAGAACUUUGUACAUCGGCUGAGUAAAUGCAGACAACUGUUAAAAUGCUCCUUUUGGGGGGUAGAUUUACGUGUAAUAAACACAGCAGCUGUUCAAGCACAAUACAAAGGUAUGGUAGCAAUUAGCUCACUGUAUCACCUGUGGCCCUCAAAUAAAAACUCUGAAGAUUAUUGCAGCCUCUCUUUGUGCUGCUGCUUUUCAUCUACAAGUGUCUGGGACAAUGUACCUGUGCCUUAACCUUUCCAGAUAAAAGAGCAGAUGGAUUCAAUUUGGUGUUGUACAUAGUUUUCUGUCCAAAAUACAGCAAUUGGAAUGCAAUGCCAGCUCCUGUAACAAAAAGCUGAAAUCGAGUGCCUCCCUGCUGGUUUAUAGAGCUGUGGAAUUGACUUUAAAAGCGUGUUUCUCGAGUGAAGCAGCAGCCUUGAAGAAAGAUGCGCUCCCUUCAGUCCUCAAGUAGCUUCUCCAUUCACUGUGCUCCUCAAACACGGUUUCUGGGCUGCCCGCAGAUGUCCUCACAUCAAACCAAUUCCUGCUG